UCAGACGUUGUUUUUUACCUUCUGGGAAAUUACGUUUGACUGGAACCGUUCAGAAAUGGACUUAUUGUGGGUAUAAACAACAAAAACCCAGACAGAGGUGGACAAAGCGGAUCACAGCGACGCCGAAGAUGAGCUCGAGCACCGCGGCGUCGUGUCGCUUCGCCCAGUAUUUUGUGGUAUGUGGACUGGACACGGACACGGGCCUGGAGCCUGACGCUCUAGCUGCUUUGUACCAAUGGCUAGAAGCAGAUCGUCAGGGCAGAGACCCAGAGGCCGUGGCUGCAGGUGAGAACUUUGACCAGAGUCCACUUAAAAGGACCUUCAAGUCCAAAGUCUUGGCCCACUACCCAGAAAACAUCAGUUGCAACCCUUUUGACCAGGAUGCUGUUAACAUGCUCUGCAUGCCCAAAGGGCUGUCAUUCCGCACCCAGAGGGACGGCCUCACUCCUCAGUUCCACUCUUUCCUUAUUACCCGAGAGGAUGGCUCCCGCACUUAUGGCUUCGUGCACACCUUUUAUGAGGAAGUCACCAGCACUCAGAUUCGCUCCGCCAUGCAGACUUUGCACCAAAUGCACAACGCGGAGCAUGCCUCUUCCCCUGCCUGCCCUUCAUCCUCUUCCUCCUCCUCCUCCUCCUCCAGCAUGGACUCUUUAGCCAGCAGCUCAGAUGAGACCGACUCUUCUGCCUCUUCUGUGGGUCGUGGCUGUUGCAGCAGUUCUGGCUACGAUUCUGAGCGGGACACGUUGUACGUCUCUAAAGCUCUUUGCCUGAUAACGCCAAUGCCCUUUAUGCAUGCAUGUCAGCGAUUCCUCCGCCAGCUGCACCGAGCCGUCAUGGCCCCGCAGCCUCCCCCACUACCACUGGAGAGCUACAUUCACAACGUGCUGUACGAAGUCCCGCUCCCAGCUUCCGGCCGCUCCUUAAAGUUUCACGGAGUGUAUGAACCCAUCGUAUGCCAGAGGCCGGGACUCAAUGAGCUGCCACUGGCUGAUUUUCCGCUAGGUGAGGCCUUCCGGCUGCUGGGUGUUGAGAACCUGGUGCAGCUUUUUACCUGCGUCCUGCUUGAGAUGCAGGUGCUGCUGUAUUCACAAGAUUACCAAAGGCUGAUGGUUGUGGCAGAGGGGAUCACCACACUCCUCUUUCCCUUCCAGUGGCAGCAUGUAUACGUACCCAUCUUGCCUGCUUCCUUGCUGCACUUCUUGGAUGCCCCGGUGCCCUAUGUAAUGGGCUUGCAAUCUAAAGAGGGGGCAGAUCGCUCCAAGCUGGAACUGCCUCAAGAGGCGAAUCUUUGCUUUGUGGACAUCGACAACCACUGCAUCGAGCUGCCUGAGGAUUUCCCUCAGUUUCCCAACAAGGCUGAGUUCAUUCAGGAGCUUAGUGAGGUUCUGUUGCACUACGACCUGCCAACAUACUGGGGUGCGUCCUCGCCUCCCCCCACCUCCACGCAGACGCGCAUAACAGAGACGGCGCUUAAGAGUGAAGCUCUAAGAGACUUAGUAAAUGAUGAUAGGAAUGGCAAUCUGCCAUUGGAUGUCGCAGAGCUGCUGCAAGGAAACCCCACUUUGGAGCGUCUUCAGGCUCUGGCCAAGCGCACAGGGGUGAAAGUGGCCCCUCUGGAGGCCCUGAUAGCUGGACAAAAGUCUGAAGGGGAGGAGAACACAGCAUUAAGGACCAUCAUUGAUGAGGAAGAACUAAAGAAUGCUAAGUUAAAUGUUCAGCUCAGGGAAGUGUUUGCAGCCCGCUUUGUCGCAAUGUUUGCUGACUAUGAGGCAUUUGUCAUCCAGAACUCACCAGACAUGGAAUCAUGGCUUUCCAACCGGGAGCAGAUGCACAACUUUGACAAGGCGUCCUUCCUUUCAGACCAGCCAGAGCCGUACUUGCCUUUCCUGUCUCGUUUCAUAGAGACCCAGAUGUUUGCCACUUUCAUCGACAAUAAGAUCAUAUCCCAGUGGGAGGAGAAGGAUCCUCUGCUGCGUGUGUUUGAUGGGCGUAUUGAGAAGGCCCGUCUGUAUAAUGUACGUGCCCCCAGUCUGCGCUCCUCCAUCUAUCAGCGAUGCACCUUCCUCAAAGAAUCUGCUCAAGCCAUCGAGCAGCGACUAAUGAAGAUUGACCACACGGCCAUCCACCCGCAUUUGCUAAACAUGAAGAUUGGCCAGGGCAAAUACCAGCAGGGCUUCUUUCCUGUGCUAAAGGCUGAUGUGCUUGCUUCUGGCCCCACCAACAAUAACAGGUGGUCUAAUCGCACUGGUACAACACAACGAAGGAAGGACUGGCACAGGCAGCAGUCUGAUCACCUCCGACUGGACAAUGACCUUAAAGAGAGGUACAUGCAGGAGGCACGGAACCUGGGGAAAAUCCUGAGACAGCCCAAGUUAUCUGACCUCUCUCCGGCUGUCAUUGCUCAGACCAACUCAAAGUUUGUGGAGGGAUUAUUAAAAGAAUGCAGAAUGAAGACUAAACGUAUGUUGGUGGAUAAGAUGGGCCGAGAAGCUGUGGAGCUCGGCCAUGGAGAGGCUAAUAUCACUGGAUUAGAGGAGAACACACUCAUAGCAAGCCUCUGUGAUCUGCUGGAGAGAAUCUGGAGCCAUGGCCUGCUGGUCAAACAGGGAAAAUCUGCAUUGUGGUCUCAUUUAAUGCACUACCAGGCCAGAGAAGAAAAAAUGGAGCAACAAUCCGAGUCUCCAGUGUCUAAUGGACAUGAGAAGCGGAAGUCGGAUUCAUUCGUUGGUCUCACAACACUGCCUAUAUCUGUUGUGCAGGACAUGAGGCACAUCCAGAACAUAACAGAGAUAAAGACGGAUGUAGGGCGAGCGCGAGCCUGGAUUCGUCUCUCUCUGGAGAAAAAGCUCCUGUCGCAGCAUCUUAAACAGCUGCUGUCUAACCAGACCUUAACAAAGAAAUUGUAUAAACGAUAUGCAUUCCUGCGCUGUGAAGAGGAGAAGGAGCAGUUUCUCUUUCAUCUGCUGAGUCUGAACGCUGUGGACUAUUUCUGCUUUACCAGUGUCUUUACCACCAUCAUGAUUCCAUACAGGGCUGUUAUAAUCCCUAUCAAAAAGCUAAGCAACGCAAUGACGACAUCAAAUCCAUGGGUGUGUGUGUCUGGUGAGCUCGGCGACUCUGGUACCAUGCAAAUCCCGAAGAACGUUCUGGAGAUGACGUUUGAUUGCCAGAACCUGGGGAAGCUGACCACUGCACAGCUGGGUCAUGAUAAUGCUGGUCUGCUGGCAAAGUGGCUGGUGGAUUGUGUGCUGGUCCGCAACGAGAUUACCGGACACACGUACAAAUUUCCCUGUGGUCGUUGGCUUGGGAAGGGUGUGGAUGAUGGCAGUCUGGAGCGAGUCCUGAUUGGUGAAUUAGUGCAUUCAAGCAGUGAGGAGGAGACUGGACGAGGUUCUAAGACUCCACCUCCUCAGCGCUCACCCUCACAAAUCCGUCGAAUCAGCAUCAGUUCUAUCACAGGCCGGGGCAAUAAACCAACAACCGAUCAGAUACAGGAAGCCAUCAGUGAUGCAGUGCUAAACAUUGUAAAACAUUUUAACAAGCCAGAAAAAGAGAGAGGAAGUCUGACGGUGCUGCUGUGUGGAGAGGGUGGUUUGGUUGGAGCACUGGAGCAGUUCUUCUACAACGGUUUUCGGACGGCUCGGAUCUUUCAGAAAAGUGUCUUUGUGUGGGACUUCAUAGAGAGGGCAGUCGUGUAUAUGGAGAGUUCUGAUCAGAUGGGAGAUCUGCAGCAAACAGUCGAGCCUCUUGGUCCAAGCUGCAACUCGCUUUGUCGCUAUGCCAACGCCAUUAACAAUACAUCACGCAACAUUGGCAAAGAUGGCAAAUUCCAGCUUCUGAUCUGCCUUGGGGCACGAGAUCGGCUGCUUCCUAACUGGCUCCCCCUGUUGCUCGAGUGUCCCAUAAUCACACGCAUGUAUGAGGAUACAGCAUUACUACGCGACAGAGCUGCCGUCAACUCUCUGGUCAGCGUCCUACAGACUCUGCACGAUUUCCACCUUACUCUGGAGACUUCCCUUACCAAAGGGGUGGAUCUUUAGCCACCUGAAACACACGUCCACUUCACCCACUUUGUCCAACACAAUCCUUCUCAUCUGGCUCUGUCGCUGCUGCUUUUUGGCCAAGCUGGGGACUUCCUACUGCCUAGCAGUGCUUUUAAAGGACGGCCACCAAAUUAGGACAAACGAAGGUUCGCAUAGGAAGAAAAAGCUUUCUGGAGGAUUGAUUAAUGCUUGGAUUGCUGAUGAAAACGUAAACUGUAUACCGGACCUUGUAAUGUUACUGAAUCCUGCUGGAGUACCGGACAGCAGAGAGUUCUUUUUCCUGUAUAUGUCCUUCAAUCGUCCAGUAAUCUUUAGAUUAUUCUGUACAGCAAAUAUGUCAAAGUACAAAGUAUUAAGAGACUGAAGCGUUAACUGGCUUCUUCAGAUUAUGCAUCUAUCUCGUCUAUGUUGAAAAGCUAACGCUGACUGCACAUACACCGCUGAUGGUCUUUCAGUAAAGCGAAUCAUCACAUAUUGGUCUUAGAAAGUGCCCACAAGUGGUUAUUUUUGUGUCUAAGAGUUUUAUCUGUACAGAUCAGCAACAACAGACUAACGUUUUAAAGUCUUACUCAGAGAAAUGUGUGACUCGGUUAAAAGUAAAACCUUUGUUAGUAAAUGACAUUCCAGUGAAACGUUGUAGUGAAUGUCAGUAUGUGGUGCACACUUCAAUGUGAUCUAUCAUUUUCUGUGUACGUGUGUGCAUGCUUAUGUGAGGAGCUUUAGAGAAUGAUUUUUUAAAGUGAAUCAGUAUUAAGUUAGUUUGAGUCAGAAUAACUCAGUCUUAAGCUUUACAUUUAAUCAGAAAACAUUUGAAAUAGAACAAACUAUAACUUUUAAUUCAUUGCUCUAUUAUACACCGAUC